UGACGUUGCGCACCCAUUCAUUUGCAGAAAUGGCUUCCGCGGAAGUGGAGAAAACGCGCAGCCGACUCGCCACCCUCUCUAUCGUGGCCGUGGUCAUCCUGGUGGGAAUCCCUGUAUGGUUGCGGACCACCACCACGUACCGCUCCUGGUUGCCCAUGGCUCAGAUUCAAGAGCUGGCUGAGCUGCAGCUGCAUCUGAGCACCGACGUGGAGGUGGUGUUUGUUCGCGGGACGCUGACACCAGAACAGCAGAAGAAGCUUCCCCUGACGCGCACACUAGAUGAGGACCAUGAAAUUGACAGAGAGACUUCUUUGACUUAUAGAUAUGAGAUGCGUUAUCGCACUGCGACCAUCAUGGAGGAGGACGCCCUGAACCAGCCCACCGCUGAUGCCAUCGAUCAGUCCUUGCACGCACUCAGCGAAAGUCCGUGCGGCUCUUUGGUGAUUUACAUAAUCCCACUAUCGUCUUUGUUGCUGCCUCAGGAUGUGAGGGUUUACGUGGGCCAGCGACGGACGGCCCUGCUGCGCGCCGGCGCCGAGACGACAGAGGGCAGGACACUGGAUCAAGUGCUUGCCUAUACAGAGACGCGGGUCAAGGAGGUGCUGCGGACGAUUUCGUUCAGCCACGACGACAUCACGGCCGCCCUCAGCGACAGAGUGAGACUCAGCCCGGGACAUCCACAAACCAAAGCUGACAGCAUGAGAGCCUUCAAGUCCAGUCCGGGUUACGAGAUCACCUUCAGCCUGCUGAAUCCUGACCCCAAGUGGCACCGCGUGCAUUGGGACAUAGAGGGCGCCGUCUACACCUACGUCCAACCCAUGCUCUCCAAACUCAGCCCCUUGGCCAAUUUUAGCAUUGACUCUCAGAUGGUGUCCUAUUCCUUUCUGGGCGUCAACGCCAAAUUCGACAACAACCACCACGCCUACACGUUGAGCGCCGACAGCCUCGCGCACGUCAUCAAUCCCGUCGAGGCUCGACUGGGCUCCAACGCAGCCUCGUCCAACCCGCUGCUCAACUUUCUGCUGUAUGUGCCUGACCACCAACAUUUGCCGCUCUACAUCCUCGAUGAGCAGAAGCGACAGUUUUCCUCCAACGCCUUUCAUUCGCCGCAAUGGGGCGGAAUCAUGAUAUAUAAUGUAUUCGGCUUCUAUGGACCGGAUUUGCAAGCUUUCGACGUCAACAUCAACAUGACCAAAGUGAUGGGCGUCUUCCUCGCACAACUACGGCUGCUGCUGGGCGUGCAUCCCUUGUCGCCUCCCGCCGGAUUCCUGUUGGCGCCGCCUGACAGCUCGGGCCUGUUAGACUGGGAACUGGACCGUCUCAUGUGGAGUCGCACCGUGGAAAACAUCGCCACGGCAACCACCACCAUCACAUCGCUGGCGCAACUGCUGGACCAGAUCGAGAACAUCGUCAUCAACGACAACAUUGCCGAGCAGGUGUCGAAUGCUGUGGCGUCGCUGCGGCUGGCGAGCGCCGAGCUGGAGUCGGGCAACCUGGCCUUCGCCCUGCAGUACAGCAAGGAGGCCAUCCUGGCGUCGGAGCGGGCCUUCUUCGACCCGUCCCUGCUCCACCUGCUCUACUUCCCCGACGACCAGAAGUUCGCCAUCUACAUCCCGCUCUUUGUGCCCGUGGGUGUGCCCGCUUUGGUGGCGCUGCUCCAUAUGCUUGUGGAGGCGAUCCGCAAGCGUAGGGACAAGCAUGCCAAGAAGGACUAAAGAGGUGGGUGAGGAUUGUCACCUUGUUAAGUUAAGCUUUCCCCGAAGAAUGCAAAAACGACUUUUGGUUUUUGAAAUUUGGAGAAAAGAACUAAAGGUACCGUACAUGUUUUUUAUUGGACAGCAAAGCAUUCUGGGGUCUUUUUCUACGUCAGGGAUUUUGAAAUGCUUUUAUUUGAGUGCCCACUGUGACUGUUCAGCACUACUACUGGUCUACUUGCUAAAUAAUGUCUUUUUUCUUCUAAGUUAUUGAAAAUUAAAAUACUACUUCUAAGUCCUUAUUUGUAUU